AUGGAGGACACACCGGGAGCGUCUGCGCAGAAAAGCAAGUUCUUUGGCCGAUCUGCUUCACCAGAGCGAAGCAAAAGCACCUACGAAAGCGUGAUCGGGUGCGUCCGGGAAAACAAAAACGACCGAAGGAGAAUUCGCUACUCCCUAUUCCUGAAGGCGUAUGAAAAUGCGGAGCUGGUUCAGAUGGAAAGGCAAAACAAAAGGGAAAAGCUAAAAUUGCGGAUGAACGAAUGGAGCAAGUGGAACACGUGCAUCCAUAUGAAGGGCGCCAAGGAGAAGCAGAGGCUGAAGCUGCUAAACAUGCUCAAAAAUUACCAAAUAAAAUACCAGACAUAUUCAAAUUUGAAGGAUUUAUGCGAUUACUCGGUUUAUUUUGAUAAGCCAUCAAUUGGGACUGUCCCGAAAGAGAGCAAAUCCAUUUUGGAGGAAGCACAGAGAGACAACUUCUUCUUCCACCUCGUCAGCAUGGGAGUGUCCUACAAUGAUAUAAUCCUUGUGUCUAGUGUUUUCCAAAAUAGAGAGCAUUUGAAAAAUUGCAACCUGUUUAUGUUGCCAUGGAUUUAUAGGAAGCUCAACGACUUUCAUAGCAUGGACGUAAUUACUUUCCUCAUCCAUUGUGUUGGCUACUCUCUUUCGACUUUCCCCUCCUCUUUAUUUUUGUUCCUUCAGUAUAGAAGCUUGGCCAUUGUGUUUCCUUUGUUUUUCACUUACAUGUGUUUAUCACUUCCUUUUUUGUUCCAAGAGAUUAACUGCGGUCGGUUUGUCUUGGACGGCUGCCUAUCAUUCUUUGUCUCCCUCGACUACUACCACCUGCCCAUCGGAAUUAUCCUCAUCAUUUCGUAUGUGCUCUCCAUCAUCAACUGCGUGGACAUCAUAUGCCUGCAGGUCAUUUACUUUUCCUUUUACCUCGCCCCCAACAACCCCUGGGUCUACCGCAACGUCGACGCCAAAAUCUGCUCCAAGUUCAACGCCAGCCGCAGCAUUUGCGACUUCGCGCGCAACAUCUGCUUCUACAACGAGGCCACCGCCGUCUGCGAGCUCAACCGGGUCAAGCUGGGCACCAAAAUCUACGACACGCUGCUGAGCAAGUACGCAGAACCGAAGAGCGAGAAGUUCGCAGCCAGCACGGUGCUCCUCUCCUUCGGCCUCCUCAUCCUCUACAACGCCUUCUCCAAAUUCAAGACCUCUCACAAGGUGCUGAAGAUCCACCUGUCCAUCCUGAUACUGGUGUUCGCCUCGUUCAUAAUUACGAUGAGGGACUUCAGUCUGCUGGAGUUUCUGCUGGCGGACUUCGGCUGGGAGCGAGUGAGGGGCGUUCUGCUCGACCACGAGGUUUGGAUCGCCUGCAUGAUGCACUGCGCCCUCAGCAUGUCGCUCCACUCCGGCAUGUACUUCUACACCGCCAAGGGGCUCAGGCUCGGCGUGAACGUGGUGCGGUGCGCGUGCCUCACCGCGCUGUGCUGCUUCCUCCUGGACAUGCUGCUCUUCGUGACCUUCUCCAACAUCAUCGGCACGCACAUAAAGGACAUCGCGAAGAACUACGCCUACCUAGUCAAGUUGGUGAAGAGGAACGUCUUCUACAUUCUGCUGCCCGUGGGGAACAAUUGCUUUUCCAAGUUUUCCUUUUUCCUGGGGAUUAACAUAUCUGUGGUAUUUUUGGCCUUCAUGUUGCUGGCCGCGUCCAAGAGGGUGGAGAUCCUGUUCCUCUCAUUUGAUGAUGUGAAUUUCUUCAAGCCGAAGAGCAGGUGGUUCGACGUGAGGUGGGUCUUCCUCUUUCUCCUUUACUACUUGUAUAGCUCCGUGGACAUCACCUUCCUGGACCUCUUCUUCACAGAGAUGUCUCAAAUUGUGACUCUCUUAAUUCUGUUUUACAUUAAUUUUAACUUUUUCUGGGUGCGCGGAUUUAACAAGACGAUGGACAAGUUUGGAAUGUGUCCCCUCCUCUGCCAAGUUGUCCUCACUGCAUUAAACCUUUUUCUUUUUUUUUAUUUUGAAAUUAUUUUUCGUCUCCCCAACCGAGUCCCCCUCUACCUGGUGCGGCAGCUUGUUAACAUUUGCGUCAUCCCCCUCGUCUCCGUGCUGCUAUCUCGGUGCGCGUCCUUCGGCGGGCCGAAGCAGCCGCGGGGCGGCGGCCUGCGGCAGAUUCUGGCGGACGCCUACGAGCUGGCCACCGAGUGCGCAGACAAGUCCAAGAACAUCCAGCUGGAGCCCAGCCAGACGUCCAAGUGGUUCAACCUCUACAUGGUCCUCUUCUGCAAGUACCUGGGGAUCGACUUAAUCUUCAUGUGCUUCGUGCAUGUGGGCAGCAGCAUUUUUUCCAUAAAAGAAAACUUUUUUAAAAAAAAAAACGUCCACCUGCAGACGGAUCCCUACCUGCUCUUUUUCCUCCUCUUCCUCUGCUACGUCUACGUGGCCUACGUCAACGUCCCCCUGCUCCAGCUCAUCAAGAGGCGCAAGCUUUUCCCAGUGAACAAGUUUAGCAUCCUCGACUACCCCGUGUGCCCCGAGGAGCCCAGGCGGCCGCGCCGGGGCCUCCUCUUUGAGGAGUUCAAGCGGGGGCGCCUCAAAAAAUCGGCUUCCUAA